AUGGUGGCGGCGUAUCCGAAUCAAAUCGACGAAGAGAUUACGGUACCCCGUGCGCUGGAACAGAACAAUAAUGUGGAGGAGAAGGUAGGCGAAUGUUUUUGGUGGCUAUGAAGGCGAUUGUGGACAAAUGUUUGAAGCGUAAAUGCCGAAGAAGUCCGUUGGGCAAAAAGUUCCGGAAAAAUUGGUUUUCUCCUUAUCCUAGUGGGAUCUAGAGUAAGCAUGACUGCAAUCCGGGCCACGAAAAUUACGAAGGCCUGGCCCGGUCGGCCCGGUGAAAAUUUUUUGUGUAAUUUAUUGAGUCUGCAAACUUUCAUUCUGUGGAAAACGUGCUAGCCGGAUGUUUUUUGGAUGCCAGAAAUUCUUGCCAUAUUACAUUUGGAGCAGACCGGUCAUUGUUUUAGACUUUUUGAUGUAACUUUGAAAAUUUUUUCGAUAUUUUUUUUUUCGAAUUUCGCCACUUUUUUGAGAACUCUCGGAAAAUCCUAGCUUUUUCAAACCGGGCCGGCCCGACCCUGGCCAGGCCUGAAAAUCGGGCAGUACACCGUGUGUCAUCUAAUCUCGAGGCCCUCUAAUCGCUAAUCAUGGCCGAAAUAUUCCCCCUCAAAGCCGCACGCAUUUAUCAACUUGCUGGCACGGGCGCAAGUUGGGCCGGGCCGCAAAAUUAAACGGCCCGGAGCAGGCCUUAAAAAUUUCAAAAAUUAGAAAUCAAUGCGAGCUGUGCCCAGGAAAAAACUAGAAGCCUAACAAUAAGCCUAAGCGCUAAUCUAAGCUUGGACUAAGCCUAAACUAAGCUGUCUCUAGCCACCUUUUCAUUGUAUAAAAUGUCCUCAGCCGGUCAAAACAAUCAGAUGAAAUCCCCGUUCAUUUUCCCAAGAGUUUUGAUCUUUGGGCGGUGACCAAUCUUCUGAACCCCCCACCUUUUCUGAUUGUUAUUUGUUUUUCGUAAACAGUUCUGUCAGGAAGUAAUUUUCAACUAUAAACUUCUGACCUACAAAGGUCAAAACAUUACGAAUUUACAACACAAAUUAAAAAGUAUAAACAAUAGAUUGCGGACCCUUUGGUACCCAGCUGUUUGAAGUAAUUGAUUGAUUCAAGCGUUGUAAUCGCUAGUCAAAGUGAUUAAAUGACCCAGUGGUCCAGAAGAGAGCUGGGAGAGGUCGUGAGGUGGUGUCGAAACACUUGCAGGCAACGCCCUCUUGCUGCAAAGCGCAAGCUAAAAAUUUUAAGAAUUGAUGUGUGGCCUAUGUACAAAGUGUGCGCUGAACUUAAAUAAAAUCUGAGCGUAGUGACUUGGGGCACUUCUCUUUUAAACUUUGUCUAUUGGCAUUGACUUUUCAGGUGUCCAAGCCAAAUCUACCGACCUUGACGGAGCUUCGCAACGCCAUUCCGGCGGAAUGUUUCGAAAAGGAUUGGAAAAAAUCCACAUUCUUCUUGCUUUGGGACUUUGCUGUCAUCGCCGGCCUAUAUCUUGUCGUCCCCUACGUUGAACAAUACUUUGGGUGGUUCGGGCUGUUGUCAUGGUAAGAUAAAGAAGUUUAAAACCUUUUCCAAGUUAUCGAAACUUUUAAAAGUCUCGCAUUUUACCAUCAAAUUAUAGGUACUACAUCAUGGGAAUGUUCAUGUUCUCGUUGUUUGUUGUUGGCCACGAUUGUGGCCAUGGGACCUUCUCCGAGUCGGUGAUACUCAACGAUAUCUUGGGUCAUGUUGCGCACGCGCCAUUGAUGGUGCCAUAUUGGCCAUGGCAAAAGUCGCAUCGCCAACAUCAUCAGUAUACGGCGCAUUUGGAGAAGGACCACAGUCAUCCGUGGGUCACGGAGGAGUACCACUUCAACAGACAUUGGGUCUUCCAGAACUUCAACAAAUUCCCACUUUCGGGAUUCAUCAGGUGCGUGAGGAGGGAAAGACAGACGGAACUCUGGAAUGGUAUCAGUCUGUCGGGAAAAUAAUGAGCGUGAUGUCGCCGCGCCGAUCGCGUCGCUAAAGUGAAAAACGAUAGUUUGCCGCGAUACUGAUCAUUUUCUCCGCUGCGAUGACAGAUUUUUGAUGCAACAGAGUGCUCGUUAUUUUUCCCGAUUUUCAUAAAGUGCAUGGACAUUUUGCCGCGGCCCCCACUGUGCACAAAAAAUCCCAUUUUUGCAUCGUGCAUUUUUACUUUUUGGUUUUCGCACAGUGCGUCGGAAGCGUCGCUGCGACGACUUUUUUUCUAAAAACCUCGAUUGUUUCUGCAGAGCUCGAGCUCAAAAUUAAAAAAAAAAAAAAAAAUAUAUAUAAAUAAAUCUUCAGAUGGAACGCUCUCUACCUUGUGAUGGGAAUCCCGGAUGGCUCCCACUACUACCCCUUCUCCAGGCUCUUCAAAACGCACGCCGAUCAAAUCAAGUGCGCCAUCAGUGUUGCGGCGUGUUUUGCAUGCGCCUACGGGGCAUUUGUCGUCUGCGACUACAAUGUGUACAGAUACACAAAGUACUACGUGGUCCCACUCCUUUUCCAAGGCCUUUGGCUGAUCAUGGUGACAUAUCUGCAACAUCAGGACGAAGAGAUUGAGGUUUAUGAGGAUUCGGAGUGGAGUUUUGUCAGAGGUCAGACACAGACCAUCGACAGGACGUACGGAAUGUAUAUAGACACAUUGAUGCAUCAUAUUACGGAUGGUGAGUGUUUGAGGAUUAAGCUGGCAAAAGGCGGUGCACGGCAACCCGAAAUACAGGGUGUUCCAAGAAUUGUGGAAAAAACUAUUCGUUAAUAACUUUAUGCUCGGUGGUCCAAUCCGAAAAUUUUUUUUUGCAUUUUGCAGAAAACCCUUGGAGUUUUUAGAAUCAAAAAAGAUUUUUUCGUUUUAUCGGCGGAGACUUCCGUAAUCCGCCUUGAAUUCGGCGGAGUGCUUUUUUCACAAACGAGGCUGUAAAAUGGGUUCAUUUUUUUCUCCGCCGAUUUCUCCGCCGAAUUGCCUUUUUUUCUUCUCUCAGUAGGCCGAAGACGUAAUAAGUCGUAUUUAGGCGCCAUGCCACCAGGAAUACCUACGUUUUGAUUUUAGCCAAUUUUGACUCUCAAAAGUCGAAGAAAAAUUGUCCGCCGAGGUUAAAAAAUGUCUCCGCCGAAUGAAAAAAAUUUGAAACAAAUGUCAUAUUGUAUCUAUUGAAUCCUCUCCCGCCCAUUUACUUCACACAUACAACAAUUUGCAGCCUCGUUUGUGAAAAAAGCACUCCGCCGAAUUCAAGGAGGAUUACCGGAGUCUCCGCCGAUCAAUGAAAAAAUUUUUUCUUGAUUCUAAAAACUCAAAGGUUUUCCUGUAAAAUGCAAAAAAAAUUUUUUGGAUUGGACCACCGAGCACAAAGUUAUUAAUGAAUAGUUUUUUCCAUAAUUCUAGGAACACCCUGUAGAAGAAAAAUGUCUCCCACCCACUUUUGAGUUCCGUCCAAACGAAGUGUCAAAAUUCGCAAAAGAAAUAAAAUAAUUACGAGAAAAAUAUUUUUUGGCCGGAAAAUCCAACGAAAAAUUCUUUUGUGACAUUUCGUGUAAAUUCGAUGGAUACUAGGUGUGCGAAGUGUCGAAACAAGGCGGGAGACUUCCUGGGUUGCCGUGCGACGCGGUUGAAACUCGCUUAUGUCGCAGCGAUAUUUUCGAUGCCCAGUGCGGAAACCAAAAAAGUGCAAAGUGACCGCUCCUUUACAGUGCGUCAGAGGUUUUUGGUUCCACCCCAUUUUUUGAUCAUAUCUCGGAGGGUUUCUUCUCAAAUGUCAUGAAAUUUUACACAAGCGUUAAUCAACCUUCAAGAGUAAGCUAUGCAAAGUUUGAUCCCAUUUGACGCCAGUUCUCUGACGUUAUGGCAAUUUUUAAAAAAUUUUUGGGUGUCCCAGGUUUUUGGUUCCACUUGGAAAUUUGCGAGUUUUUCUUCCGGUUUUGAACCAACCUGCGCUUAAUGCCAUUUCUCGUGUUCUAUGCAGUAUUAGAAAGGGUGUUACGUUCGGAUCUACCGUACUUUAUCGACGCAGUGGCCCCAUCUCCGACCUUGUACAUGAGGUAAACAUUGGUUUGAAAAAAAUCCCUAUUAGUGAUUUAUUUCCGGCAAGAAACAAUUUAGACUACUUGCACCAAAUGUCAGUCGGGAAAAUAAUGAACACAACGUUAUAUCGAAAAUUGCAUCGCCGCCAAGAAAAGAAAAACUAUUUUUUAUGUUUUCAUUGAGUGGGCAAAAAGCUCUAGAAAUUUUCUGCGACACCAUUCGUGGCCGCGAGAAAUUUUCAGGGCUUAUCAGUCUGUUGGGAAAAUAAUGAGCACUCCGUCGCACCGAAGAUCGCAUCACCACCGAGAAAAAUGAAUUAUGUCGCGGCAAAACCAAGUUUCUAUUCACUUCAGCGACAUGAUCAGCGCAACGAAAAUUUUCUCAUUAUUUUCCCGACAGCCUUAUUAGCCAAAAAAAAUUUGAAUCAAACGCUUGCAACAUCCUUUUCAGGUCACGUGGUUCACCAUCUCUUCUUCACCAAGAUCCCCCACUAUCAUCUCCCCGAAGCGACCAAGGCCAUCCAGCGGGUCUUUGAGCGCUAUCCGGGCGUCUACAAGCGCCAGAACAACUUCCUCUCGCUCUACGAGUUCCUGCGGCUGAACGUGCGUCUGGACUAUCUGCUGGGCAAAGGGACUGGCGUGUUGCGAUACCGGGUGUCCAAGGUGUACGCUGGAAAGAAAGACGAGUAA